UGCGUCACUGUGGAGCUGGUGGAGGAGGGGCGUUGCAGCGGCGGGGACACAGACCUUCUCCCACAGAGGACAGAAGAACAUCAGCCAUGGAGCUGCUUCCCAUCAACAUCCUGCUGAUGCUGGCCACCUGCCGACUCACCAGCUCAGAAACUGUUGGUCCAACACUGACGCCAUUGACUUUAGCCAGCGCUCUUCCAACGAACUCCACGAGGGUCCACCUCACAGGCGAGAAUAAAGUUGAGAAUGUUGAGCUGCUGAAUCCUGUCAAUCUGUCGCUGGAGUGCAUCUGGACUGGUAACCAGGACAAGCAGCCCAGCAUCACUGGUUACUGGAGAAAAGGCGGAGAGGAAAUUCAGGACAGCCGAGUCCCAGUGGCCCCAGAGAACCAGCAGUACAGACUCCAACGAGUGUUCAACAUUGUGAGUGAGGAACACCUUGGAAAUUACACCUGUGUGUUUGAAAAUGAAGCAGAACUAGAUUUUAUCUUGGCAGUGCCGCAGAUCGGCGAGAAAAGAGAGAAGCCCAUCAUCUCCUAUGUGGGCGACUUUGUGGUUCUGACAUGCAAGAUGGAGGAAAAAAAACCAGUGCCAAGGACCUGGAACUGGUUUAAGACCAAUGGCACCGAUAAGGAGCAGAUAUUCGAAGCUCAACGCUACAACAUCAUCGUCAACGGGCACAAAACGAAGCUCAAGGUGAAGGACGUGAGCGAAGCCGACUCCGGCGUGUAUCACUGCGCCGCCGUGUACAACAUCAGCACCAGCACCAGCAAAAUGCACCUGAAGGUGAUUACCAUCUGGGAGCCAUUGAAGCCUUUCUUAGGCAUCCUGGUGGAAGUUGUCAUCUUGGUUACUGCGAUUCUCAUCUAUGAGAGGAGUCAUUCCAAGAAAAAGGAAGCAGAAGCUAAUGGUCGGAAUGCAGACCCAAAGAACACACAGCCACAGGUUGAAGAUGACGAAGCUGAGGAAAAUACCUCAGUAAGACAGCGCAAAACCUAAAGGACGUCUGCAGCAGCAAAUUCAAGCAUCUAUUAAAUUAUUUUAUUUUUGAAUGUGAAGAGCUUCUAUAGCAAUAUAUAAACACCUAUUUUUUGUAAAUGUUUUAGUCCUUAACACCAGCUAAGUGCAAUACACACGAAAGCUUUCUGUUUUGACGUUCACUGACCAACAUGUUUCCUGUUGUCACCAACGGCUGAAGGAGUAAAGCAUUUCGCAUUUCUUUCCCUC